CCUACCUACCUACCUCUAGAUUUCAUGUAUGUAGGUAAGGUAUGUCCAGUACAUACUUCAUGGUUGUAGCUUCUGGGAGUGGAAUGAGAGCACCUGACCCUGUGUAACUACCUACCUACCUACCAAUUGGGCCAGUGCCCCAACGUAAAGUCGGGUAGUGACGUACAACACUUGGAUCCACUUCGCCCUUGGUAGCAAACGAGAACCUCAACGUUCCAUGACACGAGCAUAGAUGCACCUCUCCUCUCCAUCGAAGAUAUGUUCGCCGAGGAGAACCGUAAUCCUACUCUUCAUCGGACCGGCACGAGCAACAGCGCGGUCGGGCCCACCGGCAAGUCGUCCGCUCUGCCGGCUGCUCCUCCAGGCCACCACCCGCCCCGGCGUUCUAUGACUGUCGACGACAGGGCGCAGUUUCGCCGCCGAGCAACUACCGGCCAGUUUUCGAUGGACAACGCCUUCGAGUCCCCGAGGCGCGACUCCAUCACCUCAGACUACAGCCUCAGCGAGAGACGGCGCAGUCUGCAGGACGACAUCCUCAACCCGGGUGGCGCCAGCCUAGAGAACCACGAGGGCUCGCACUGGUCAUCGCUUCCUUUGGCCUUCGCCCUGCUACCCGCUGUUGGCGGGCUCUUCUUCAAGAAUGGCAGCUCUAUCGUCACCGAUAUCAUGCUACUCGGCCUCGCGGCCGUCUUUUUGCAUUGGUCUGUUACGCAGCCAUGGAUCUGGUACCACUCAGCUCAGGAAAUUCGCGUUAGGGAAGAGGCUAUGGCUGGGAUGAUGGACAUGGACGAUGAGAUUGAAGAGGAGCUGCCGUCCAGGCCACCAGCCGGGGCAAAGUCUAGUACCCUGAAUGGAGCCCACGAGGAAGUGGAUGGCCCUACCCCAGAAACGCAAGACUUCAGACAGGAAGCCUUAAAUGAGCUGUAUACGCACGAGGUUAUGGCAUUGGCGUCGUGCUUCUUCUUCCCCCUGUUGGGUGCAUUCCUGCUUCACACGAUACGAAACCAGCUCAGUCGGCCGUCAGAAGGCUUAGUUUCCAACUACAACCUCACAAUUUUCCUGCUUGCGGCUGAGAUCCACCCGCUCGGCCACCUCAUAAAGAUGGUCCAAGCCCGUACCUUGCACCUGCAGCGGAUCGUCCACUCGAAUCCGUACAACGAGGCCUCCCCGGCGUCAGGUCGGAUCGAGGAUGUGAUGCGGCGACUCGAGGAGCUCGAAUCCCGUGUGGCAGAGAGCCGGACGGGCGCGUCUCAUUGCGCAAACGGAAUCGCGGAUCCAGGGAAGCAGGCGAAGCAGGAUGGUAACUUAGUCCGAGAGGUGCGGAAUGCAAUCCAGCCCGAGCUGGACGCGCUGAACCGGGCGGUCAGGCACUACGAGAAAAGGACUACGAUGCUGGCCUUGCAGACAGACUCACGGCUUGGUGCUAUCGACACGCGCCUCAACGACGCCAUCUCGCUCGCUGCGGCGGCGGCCAAGACUAGCAUCUCUCGGCGCAGCUUCCUCAGUUGGCUGACGGAGCGGCUUGUCGAGGCAGUGAUGGGUACACCUAGAGUGAUCUUCAGGGCGGCGGUCUUGCCCUUUCGAGUCGUCUCGAAUCUCCUGAGCCUGGACAGCAAAGGACGCCAUAGGAAGGGGCCCCGGGACCGGAGGGUUGGUAGGGAUCGAGUGACUCGUACUUGGGGAUGACAUCAAAGCUAUCGAAAACGCAAAAAUUAUCCGCCGCCGCGCCAUUAUUGUUGUUCUAAGGCCAUUUCAAUGUCAUAUCAUGCUUAAAAAGGGGCAGGUUUUUUUCUUAAAGAUACCAAGGAUAAGGGGUAGGGAA